UGCAUAUCGUGCCGGCGGCAGCAGGAAAAUGGCAAGCUUCAACGCGAGUCAACCGAGCUUUGGAGAUCUCAUUCUCGCAAUCUUGCAUCACCAGCCCACCACCAUUCGGUCGCCUGCCUAGCUCCACGGCACCAACUAGAUGCGAAUAACCUACGCUUCCUAAAGUCUGCCUUUAAGGCAUUUCUGCCAGAUUCCCCAACCCGACAAUGUCGUCCAUCUACAAUCUCGAACCGCAACCGACCGCGUCGGCCGUCAUCCACACAACACAGGGGGAGAUCGCGAUUGAGCUCUUUGCGAAACAGACACCCCUGACGUGCCGCAACUUUCUGCAGCUUAGCCUGGAUGGAUACUACGACAAUACCAUCUUCCACCGUCUCGUCCCCGGCUUCAUUCUCCAGGGCGGCGAUUCGACUGGCACCGGACAUGGAGGAGAGUCGAUAUACGAUGGCGGCGCAUUCGGCGGCGAUUUGGAUCCGUGGCCGAUGGAUCAGCGCAAAGGACAAAACGCCGGACCUAUGGGAGUGGGUUUCCGGGAUGAAUUCCACUCGCGAUUAAAGUUCAAUCGCCGCGGUCUCCUGGGCAUGGCCAAUGAGGGUGCUCCCAACAGCAACGGGAGCCAGUUCUUCUUCACCUUGGGCAAAUCUGAGGAAUUGACAAACAAGAACACCGUGUUUGGCCGGGUGGCUGGUGAUACCAUCUACAACUUGGCCAAAAUGGGCGAGGCGGAGGUUGCAGAGGGUACCGAGCGCCCCCUGUACCAAAUGAAAAUUAUCCGCGUCGAAAUUCUUAUCAAUCCGUUCGAUGACAUGAAGAAGAGAGAGAGGAAGGUGCGACAACAGGUACCACCGCCUGCUCCCGCAGAGAAGAAGCAGAAGAAAAGGAAAGGAGGCAAGCAGCUCUUGAGCUUCGGUGACGAGGAAGGUGAUGCCGAGGACCUUCCAGUCAUCAAAAAGGCUAAGUUCGACACAAGGAUCGUGAUGGAUGUGGACGAAGAGCCCGUCCAGAAAGCCAUCCCGGUCAGGUCGUCGGUAAAGAAAGAGAAGAAGGCACUGAACAAGGAGGUGCAGGCUUCAGAAAAACGCCCGGCGUCGCCUCGGAAGGGCGCCGAGAUCCCGGAACCAGAUAUGGUAUCAAAGCCAUCACAAUCCAAAACAUACGGCAGUGAAAGGUCCAGCCCUGAGGCCGAAGAGCCCCCGAAAAAGUCUCUUCUGGAACGAACUAAUGAAGAGAUUGCGGCGGUCAAGGCAUCAAUGAAACGGACAACCCAUGCGGAGCCUGUCAAAGAAAAAAUGAAAUCGUCGCUCGAGUUGAUGGUACCAGAGACAUCGACGCGCGGGCGAAAGCGGCGGCCCGGGGCCACAAGCACAAGGGAGGAACAAGAAGCCCUCGCGUUCCUAACAGCAUUUCGAUCAAAACUGGAACAUGCGCCAGCCGAGAAAAAGACUUCUCAGCCCCUGGUGAACGAACCAGGGGAGGAAGGCGACCAGGAUGAGGAAGCAGAGGUCUGCGACCUGCAUUUCAUUUCUAACUGCCAAAGCUGUAAAGCCUGGGAUAAGGAGGACCAGGAUGAAAGCGACGACGAAGGCUGGAUGUCUCACACACUGAGCUUCGCGGCCGAUAAACUAGGGAAAGACCUGAGCUAUCGGAAGAAAGCCGAGGAAGAGCUGGUUGUCAUCGACCCUCUCGAAAAGGCUAGAACUCUCAAGGAGGACAAGAAGGCAAUGAGGGAUGCGCGCUCCGGCGGAUCUUCUCGGGCCUGGGACAAGGAUCGCGGUCGCGAUAGAGAUGGGAGCGCGCGUUGAGGCGAAAGUAGCGGAAUGGAUGUAGCGCGAAGUUUGCCGCGAAGGCACUUCUAUCUCUGAGAUACCCACGGGCAGUUCUAACCGUCCGCCUGAAGCUAGUCGUGUUGGAUAUACAGACCAUGCAAACGCCCCCCUUGCUCCUCUACAUCAAGCAGCCUGAGGUUGGACGUGCAAUUUGUAUAAUGGCUACCUACCUACAAAAUAUGUGUAUAUGUGCAUGUAGACUUAGACUUCUCCUUCUCUAUCCUUGACGUCACCGCACUCCCAAACUGGCCCACUUCAAGCCCAUCAACUAAGAGAAGGUCUCAUGGUUCGUGGAUGUGAGAAGCUGAAGUGGGGCCCAGACAUCAUGCCCGUUUUGACACCUGGCUGAAUCUAGCCCAAGGCCAGCAACUCAGCGCUGGCCAAUCCGCUCAUAGUUGCCGAAUGAUGUCCUCAGACAACAUGAAGAGAAUACGGAUCUGCCC